UGGGCAGGAAAUAAAGAUAAAGCUGAAAUACUGUACCGAAUUGGGAUGGUCGCGGAGGGAAAUAAACUUCUGGCCGCAGCCUCAGGAGUUGAACACAGUAUGGUCCUUGGUUUUAUUGAAAUUUGCCGCAAAAAAUCUAUCGACUAUGUGGUUGCUCCCUACGAAGCAGAUGCUGAAUUAGCUUUUCUUUUGACACAAGGCCAUGCAGACUUUGUAAUUUCUGAGGAUUCAGACCUUCUUGCCUAUGGAUGUAAGAAGAUGGUGAUCAACCCUUUAAAUGGUACAACAGUACCAUUAAUGAGGUGGGAGGACACUCCAAAUUUUCAAAAAACCAAAGAAUACCACAUCACUUGUGGAAACAUUCUUUCUAGGGAAUAUGCCAUUAACCUUGCUCUUGGCAAUGUGAAUCCUUUGGAUAGCAAAACAGUCAACUCCACUUUCCAGCUACCUAGCAAGGAGGGAUUGUAGCAGGAAAAAGAUAUGACCAUGUCAGUCAUCUCUUAAAGCACACCUCUCGAGAAGAUCUCUUCACAAUGUUGUACCAACUGUUUCUGCUUACCAGCCAAUGCUUCACAGGCUAGACCAGUGAAUGG